UUAACGUUCCUGAGACUGACUGGAUCACAGUGUACUUUCUCUCAGGCUGUCCCUCGUGAAAUUAUAUUUAUGACUGUAGCCAAAUGUUGAAUACACAACUGAGGAGCGUUACAAAUGUGAUUCCAUACCCUUUAGGGGGAAAUAAUUGAGCACGUAAUUGCUGUGAACUGGUGUACAAACUGGUUUGUGAGUGGCCAUACGAGGACAAGAGGUGUUGAAGAUGAUCAAGGCGCUGGUGCUAGGUUUGGUUUGUUUUGUGACAUGGCCCGAUUCUACAGAGGCUCAGUUUCCUCGAGUCUGCAGCACGGUGGAGGGGAUCGUCUCAAAGCAGUGCUGCCCUGCUCUCGGCUCUGAUCCUGCUAAUGUGUGUGGAUCUUUAUCUGGACGAGGAAACUGCUCCGACAUCAGAGUCAGUACCAAACCCUGGGGCGGACCGUAUAGGUUGAGAAAUGUUGAUGAUCGAGAAAGGUGGCCUAUCAAAUUCUUCAAUCGGACAUGCAGGUGCUCUGGUAACUUUGGUGGCUUCGACUGUGGCCAGUGUAAGUUUGGCUGGACAGGACCAAACUGUGAAGUACGUAAAGCCCCGGUGGUGAGGAAGAACAUCCACUCUCUGACUCCAGCUGAGCUUCAGGAGUUUCUGGAUGUGUUGGACCGGGCCAAGAACACCACCCACCCAGACUAUGUCAUCGCCACACAACACUGGCUGGGCCUGUUGGGGCCCAAUGGAACCCAGCCCCAGUUCUCCAAUAUUUCCAUCUACGACUUCUUUGUGUGGCAGCAUUACUACUCUGUCAGAGACACACUUCUAGGUCCAGGUCGUCCUUUCAAGGCCAUUGACUUCUCCCACAAAGGACCAGCCUUCAUCACCUGGCACAGAUACCACCUACUCAGUCUGGAGAGAGACCUGCAGAGACUGACUGGCAAUGAGAACUUUGCUGUUCCAUACUGGAACUUUGCCACAGGGCAGACUGAGUGUGACGUCUGCACAGACUCUCUCCUGGGGGGACGCAACCCAGACAACCCCUCCCUCAUCAGUAACCAGUCCAGGUUCUCCAAUUGGGGAGUGGUGUGCGACAGCCUGGAUGAAUAUAACCGCCUGGUCACUCUCUGUAAUGGGACCAGUGAGGGGAGCAUUAGGAGAGGUCAGAUGGGUGGCGCGAGGACCGACAUGAGUCUGCCCACCAUGAAUGAUGUCAAAAGCUGUUUAAACAUCAGAGACUUUGACAACGCUCCCUUCUACACUAACUCUACCUUCAGCUUCAGGAAUUCUCUUGAAGGCUAUGAGAAGCCGGAUGGCGAGGCAGAGCUUGACUCCUCAGUGAACAACCUGCACAACCUGGUCCACUCCUUCCUCAAUGGAACCAGCGCUCUGUCUCACUCCGCAGCCAAUGACCCCAUCUUUCUAGUGCUCCAUGCUUUCACUGAUGCCAUUUUUGAUGAGUGGAUGAGGAAGUCUGUUCCACCAAACUCCAGUUUCCCCGAUGAGAUGGCCCCCAUUGGUCACAACAGAGAUUACAACAUGGUGCCAUUCUUCCCUCCUGUGACCAAUGAAGAGAUUUACGUUGCGUCUGACCAGCUGGGAUAUUCUUAUGCCAUUUCGCUGGAUGCUACGGACAGUGGAUUUGUGUUUGUGCUGGGGUCCACCCUGGGCGGUGUUUUCCUGGGUCUUCUGGUUCUUCUACUUGUCUUGGUCCUCUACUUGCAGCAGCGCAGGAAACGUGGCUUUGAACCCCUUAUCAAUGCACAGUUCACCAACAAAAAGUACACAGAGGAAGCCUAAACAGUAUGUACUGUAACACUUUGGGUUAGUAUCCUUGUUGCUUCUCAUGUUGAAAUGUACCUCAGUACUAAAUUACUCGCGCUCUGUCAAACCAGACAUUGUUGAUGGGAAUUUACAGUACAAUGUAUUAGUGCUUUGCAUCUUCUUUUACCUACACUAUCCUGUUCUUGUUCUGUUUAAAAAAAUAACAGAGCAUACAGUAGGACAUUUUGUUUAUGUGAAAUGAUUUAAUAAUAUGAUGAUAUUGUCACCUAUACUGUAUCCAUUAUUACCUAAGAUUGACAUUAUCCAGUUUUUGUCCCUAAUUGGAGAAUCCAUUAUAAUAUAUCGAUUUUUUUCUGUUAGGCAUUUAAAUAACAUUUUCAAAAAUUGCAAAGCUAUUAUUAUCUUUUUAACAAAUAUUUAUUUGCAUGAAAGAGUAACAAAACACAGAUGCAACCAUUUUAAUUGCAUUAAAAAACUGUAAGGCAUAUUUGUUUGUACGGUCUUUAUGUUAACUAGAUAAUCAACCUUAUUGGCAUGAAACUGUUUUCCAACUCCAAGCAAGAUAUUAUCAUGAUCGUAUUUUUUUGUUGUUGUUACAAUAGAAUGCAUUUGAUUGUGUGAAAUGUUGAUGAAUAAGGUUUCUGAAACAUUUGUUUUUUACAUUACUUUUGCUGAUCCAUGAACAUACAGUACAAGACAAAAUAUAGGAAAAAUAUGACCAUUAAAAGUGCAAUAAUACAAAAAAA